AUGCCGGCGGUGUCCGCCAGGCGGCGCGGCGGGUUCAAGGCGCCUAGCGAUGCCGGCGGUGUCCGCCAGGCGGCGCUGCGGGCUGAGCGCGGGAGCGCCACAAAGAGGGCAAAGUCGGGCCCCCCGCCGCGUCCCGCGCCCGCCCCGCGUCCGUCCCCCCCGGGGGCCCGCGGCCCGGCACUCACGGAGGCCUCCGGGCGGAGGUGUUGGCCGUCGGUCCGUGCGGCGCCCGUCCGUCCGCCCUCCCGCCCUCACGCCGCCACCGCCGCCGCCAUGUUGGGGGAGCGGCGCGCGCAGCCGCGCAUGCCCCGCCGCCGCCUCCCCGCGCACGCGCCCUGCGACCUGUGGGUCAUUAAUGGUUAUAUCACCCCUAUUCAUGUGGUGGCCCACUCUGAUAUCCGGGAUACUUCUUUGGAGAUGGCAGAUGUGGAUGGAUUUGCUCAUGCUCAGGCAGCUGAGCUUGAGGCUUUGAUUCAGGCCUUUCACCUGGCUAAGAGAUUGUCCGCUAAUAUUUACACAGAUUCCAAAAACAGGAAGGGGCCAUUCCUCCUCUUUGUUUCUUUGCUGCAUGUCCACAUUCCACUGGUCACCCCCGAGAGGUUUCGGGGAAAGAGCAAACACGGAGCCUAUGGAGACAGUGUUGAGGAGGUGGAUUGGCUGAUAGGAGAAAUUCUUGCCACCAUUGAAGAGGAAGACUUGACAAAUAGGACUCUGACUUACUUUACCUCAGACCACGGAGGACACUUGGAGGCUAGGGAGGGGGUCCCUCAGCUUGGAGGCUGGAAUGGAAGAUAUAAAGGAGGCAAAGGAACGGGAGGCUGGGAAGGCGGGAUCUGCAUGCCGGUUUUCUGGUGGCCGGGCGUGCUGCCCGUUGGCGGGGUCAUAGACGAACCCACGAGCCUUGUGAAUAUUUUGCCCACCGUGGCCUCCUUGGGCGGAGGAACCCUGCCCCGCGACAGGGUGAUUGAUGGCCAGGAUCUGGUGCCUUUGCUGAAAGGAGCAGUUGAACAUUCUCCACACGAGUUCCCGUUCCACUAUUGUGGGAAACACUUGCAUGCUGUUCGAUGGCAUCAAAAGAGCAGCGGUGCUGUCUGGAAAGUCCACUACGUGACGCCCCACCCCGAGGGAGGCGGAGCCUGCUAUGGGGGAGGGAUCUGUCCGUGUUUUGGGGCCCAUGUGACCCACCUCGACCAGUCCCUGCUGUUUGACCUCUCCGGGGACCCGUUGGAAGCCAACCCGCUCUCCCCCGCUUCCCCCGACACCGAGCCGCUGUUCGGCGUGGUGCUGGAGAGAGUGGAACGAGUUGUGGAGGCCCACGGGAGGACCAUCACCCCUAUUCCCCAGCACUUCUCCUCGUCCGAUAUCAUGUGGAGACCGUGGCUUCAGCCUCGCUGCGGGACAUUCCCCUUCUGUUACUGUGACACUCAAGCCGACGUCUCUUCUCCCCCUCCCUAAGCAAAUCUGGACUGAAGUCAGCCAAGCA